UGCAGCCCCGGUCCCCAGCCUGACAUGGCACCCGGGAAGCCCGGGAAGAGCACGGGGGCUUCAGAGGACCCCUCGGUUACGCUUUUCCGGGAGUACCUGAGGAUCGACACUGUCCACCCCAAACCUGACUAUGAUGCGGCCGUCCGGUUUCUGGAGCGCAUCGGCACCGACCUGGGCUUGGCUUGCCAGAAAGUGGAGGUUUGCCAAGGCUGCGUGGUGCUGAUCCUGACGUGGCAGGGCACGAACCCCCGCCUGCGCUCCGUCCUCCUCAACUCCCACACCGACGUCGUGCCUGUCUUCGAGGUGCUGGGAUGGGGCAAGGGGUACAUCUACGCCCGGGGUGCCCAGGACAUGAAGUGCGUCUCCAUCCAGUACCUCGAGGCCAUCCGGAGGCUGAAGGCAGAGGGAAAGUGUUUUGCCCGCACCAUCCACCUCACCUUUGUGCCUGACGAGGAGAUGGGUGGACACAAGGGCAUGGAGAUGUUCGUGCAGCGCCCCGAGUUCAGAGCGCUCAACGUGGGCUUUGCCCUGGACGAGGGCCUGGCCAGCCCAUCCGACACCUUCAGUGUCUUCUACGGUGAAAAGAGCCCGUGGUGGAUAAAGGUGAAGUGCGUGGGCAGCCCCGGGCACGGGUCCCGCUUCAUCAGCAACACGGCGGCCGAGAAGUUGCACAAAGUCAUCAACUCCUUCCUGGCCUUCAGGGAGAGCGAGAAGCAGAGGCUCAAGUCCGACUCAAGCCUGACCCUAGGGGAUGUCACCUCACUUAACCUGACCAUGCUGGAGGGGGGCGUCUCCUUCAACGUGGUGCCGUCCGAGAUGGCGGCCGGCUUCGACAUCCGCAUCCCACCCACCGUGGACCUGAAGGCCUUUGAGGAGCAGGGUGCUGCGUGGUGCCGGGGUGCCGGGGACGGUGUCACCUAUGAGUUUAUCCAGAAAUACAUGGACCAACACGUCACCUCCACCGAGGAGUCGGACCCGUGGUGGAAAGCCUUCACUGCUCCAUUACAAAAGGUUGGGGGUAAGCUGGAUCCCCCCCUCCUCCUGUCCUCCUUUUCAGGUGAAGCUGCUGCAGCCCUUUGGGGGGGCUGCGGGAGGGCUGUGGCUAACGAGGCUGUCCCCGUGCUGGGCUGGGAGCAGGGAUGGGGCCGGUGA